GCAAGAAGUAUGAAUGCCCUGACUUCUGUGGAGGCUGCAUCGCUGUAAAUGCUGUGUGGCCACUUCAGACGCCAGAUUUGUACUUACUUGUUACCCAGAAAUGAUUUGAUAUUAAGAUAAACACAGCUGCAUUGAACCUUUACGCAUAAUAAACACUGAACAAAUAGUUUCUAUCUUGGUUUACAUCAUAUCGCUCAACAUCAGUGGACAGUCACCAUGUGGAUCUCUGUGUGUCUGAUCAGCUCUUUCCUUCAUAUCACUGCAGGCUGCACUCUGUCAGUCACUAACUAUGGUGAGAUCACUGUCUACUCAGGCCAGUCUGUUCUCCUGCCCUGCUCCUGUAGUAACACCCAGGCUAAACCUCCCAGCUUCACAUGGACUAAACUCAGAGGUCAACAGACACCUGACAUAAUAUCAACCCAGAGUGAUCUCUACAGAGGCAGAGUGGAGAUGUUUAAUAACACCUCUCCUGGGAACCUCUCUGUCCUCCUCUCACACGUCACUGAGGGCGAUGUUGGAUGGUACAGGUGUGAAAUCAGCCAUGGAAAACACAGUGACAUCAAACUCACUGUUAAAGGCUGCACUCUGUCAGAACCUCGAUCAAGGGUGGUCAAUGGAUCCCCAGGCCAGUCUGUUCUCCUGCCCUGCUCCUGUAGUAACACCCAGGCUAAACCUCCCAGCUUCACAUGGACUAAACUCAGAGAUCAACAGACAACUGAGAUAAUACCAACCCAGAGUGAUCUCUACAGAGGCAGAGUGGAGUUGUUUAAUAACACCUUUCCUGGGAACCUCUCUGUCCUCCUCUCACACGUCACUGAGGACGAUCAGGGGUGGUACAGGUGUGGAAUCAGUGAGACUCAAACGACAGACAUCAGAAUUGAUAUUCAAAGGAAAUACCAACCCCUCACAACCACUACCACCAAACGCCCACCAUUAAUUCAACCAAAUGGACUAGACAGCACAAAAUUCCUAAUACCAACAACGUCACCUAAAGGGGCAGACACGGUGGGGACUUCAGGAGAAGAUCCAUCUGCUUCCCCUCAACAAAACAAUACAAUCCAAUACAUCUUACUGGCUGUUCUACCAGUCAUACUGAUCAUCGCUGGAGUGGCUUUGUACAUAUACAAGAGAAACAAAGGAAAGAAAAACACAGGGGAGAAAAGCAGUGGGAGCAAAACAGAAGGAAAGAAAAAGGAUGAUCCCUCUGUAAUGUAUGAUACGGUUCAAGAACCCAGAAACAACAACCAAGAGGAGACAACAACACCCCUCAGUGCUCCAGAGGACACCUCAGUCACAUACUCCACCAUCGUCCACAUGAAAGGAAAAGGGAACGCAGCAGUGAGUCUGGAGAGCGGUGGAGAAACAGAGUACUCCACUAUCAAGACAGGCAGGUUCUUCUAGAGCCACUGUACAAUAGGCCUACAGCCAUCUCACAGCCUUUUCCUGCAGAGAGAUCUCAUAUUGGGCCCAGUAUCAAGAGGUUUGAUCUGGCACACAUGACUAUAAAUAUAUUUAACUCUCUACUAAGACAUGUUUAGUGGUUAUCACAGUAAAUCAGAUGUUAACCUACAACCAAAAUAAUAAAGUCCCCGAGAUACAGGCAAGAUGAUGGUGAAGCAAUAAGAUACCAUUUAGUUUUUGUGUAGCUGAGACCAAAGCACCUUAUAUGGCUUAAAGUUCAGCUAGUUCUCUUUUUAUAUCGUUGUUGUGCAUUUAUUUUUAAACAUGUGAACUUUUUGAAAUAGAGACAGAUGAUUUCAGACAUGUUUGAGAAAAAGGAAAAUGUGGUUUGAUGUGUCAAAGCAAAAAAACACAGAUUUCACAAUCAGUUUUGCAAGAGGUUGCUUGGGUGGCUAUUAUUAAAACGGAUAUCAUCCAUCUUAAUUUUGUAAGGGGUGCGUGACUGGCUGCAGGGAAGUCAGGCGCAGGAGAGCAGAACUGGGUAAAAACCGGAGCAGUUUAAUAUGAAACAAAAACAACGGCACCCAGAACAACAAAAUAUGGGUACAAAAUAACCCUUCGCGAACCAGUCAGAGUGCACAAACACUUUACAAUAAACAAUUUCACACACAUACAUGGGGGGAACAGAGGGUUAUAUACACGACAAGUA